AUGGAUAUUCCUAUCCAGAAUGCCAUAGAUUACAAUGAGACUCUACGCAAGAUAUCAAACAGCCUAGAGAACGCCCUUGACACCUUCGGACCGACAUCCAGACAAUACCAGACUAUCCUAGCCAUGUUGAAGGAAUGUCUUCGCGACAUCGACAAUGAGCGCCAAGUUCAAAAGAACGCUCAAGUUGUUGAUGCCGAUAUGCUAAGCCUUGCAAUGGGAUUCCUUGAGAUUGGGAAAUAG